UCGCCAUGUUGUUUCUAUUCCAGGCUACGUGAGGUGUUGUUUCACAAUUUCAAUAAUAUUUCCAGCCUCAGUCGGCUGUAGAAUGCAAACAUGUACCCGAUAACACCUCAAGGUGUUUCCGUAUCCUCUUUUCUUGGCCCACAGCUGAAUGGACAGCCACCUAUGCAGUUUACCUUCCCACCAAUACAGCAAGAACCACUGGGCCCACCAGGCCAACCGUUUCCACCACCUGUAGGCCUCCCCCCGACAGUAACACCACCGGCAGACUUCGUGUGUCCACAGCGUCCAAACCGAGGCACAGAGGGAAGACCCAUUCUCCUGCGUGCUAACCACUUCCAAGUGCGCGUGCCCAAGGGAUUCAUACACCAUUACGAUGUCUCCAUCACACCAGAUAAAUGUCCCAGGAGGGUCAACAGAGAGAUCAUUGAAACCAUGGUUCAGAGUUAUGGACAGAAGAUCUUUAUGGGUCAGAAACCAGUCUUCGACGGACGGAAGAAUCUAUACAGUCGGGAUCCCCUUCCAAUAGGCAGAGAGCGGGUCGAGCUUGAAGUAACACUCCCAGGCGAAGGUCGAGAUCGUGUCUUCAAGGUGGGCAUUAAAUGGGUUGCCCAGGUCAGCCUGUUUUCUUUGGAGGAGGCGCUAGAAGGCCGAGUACGGCAGAUUCCGAUCGAUGCAAUACAGGCCUUAGACGUAGUGAUGAGACACCUACCUAGUAUGACUUACACGCCUGUGGGUCGUUCGUUCUUCUCGCCCCCCGAAGGUUACGAGCACCCCCUGGGUGGUGGACGCGAAGUCUGGUUUGGUUUCCACCAGAGUGUGCGACCUUCACACUGGAAGAUGAUGCUCAACAUAGACGUAUCGGCCACAGCGUUUUACAAGGCUCAGCCUGUGAUUGAGUUCAUGUGUGAAGUUCUCGACAUCCCAGACAUCAACGAUCAAAAACGUCCUCUCACCGACUCCCAGCGUGUCAAGUUCACCAAGGAAAUAAAAGGUUGUUUCAACAAAGGGUUGAAGGUGGAAAUCACCCACUGUGGUGCCAUGAAGAGAAAGUACAGAGUUUGCAAUGUGACGCGACGGCCUGCACAAACACAGUCAUUCCCAUUGCAGUUAGAAUCGGGCCAAACUAUAGAAUGUACCGUAGCUCGCUACUUCUCCGAGAGAUACAAAAUGAAACUGCAAUAUCCACAUCUUCCAUGCUUACAAGUAGGACAAGAACAAAAACAUACGUACCUACCUCUUGAAGUUUGCAAUAUUGUUGGUGGGCAGCGGUGCAUCAAGAAACUGACAGAUCUGCAGACGUCGACCAUGAUCAAGGCAACUGCCCGAUCAGCUCCGGACAGAGAAAAAGAAAUCAACAGCUUGGUACAAAAGGCCGACUUCAACAAUGACCCCUACCUGCAAACCUUCGGUAUUAUGGUCUCGUAUGACAUGACCGAGGUCAAGGGUCGUAUACUGCCUGCUCCCAAGUUGCAGUAUGGUGGCAAGACAAAAGCCCAGGCAGUCCCCAACCAGGGAGUGUGGGACAUGCGUGGUAAACAGUUCUACCAGGGGAUUGAGAUCAAAGUGUGGGCCAUUGCCUGCUUCGCCCCUCAGAGAACGGUCCGCGAAGAUGCCUUACGGAACUUUACUCAGCAGCUGCAGCGUAUUUCGAACGACGCAGGCAUGCCAAUCAUGGGCCAGCCGUGUUUCUGUAAGUACGCGACGGGCCCCGACCAGGUGGAGCCAAUGUUCCGCUACCUGAAGAACACCUACGUCGGACUGCAGCUCAUCUGUGUGGUGCUACCCGGGAAAACGCCAGUCUAUGCCGAGGUGAAGCGGGUGGGUGACAUACUGUUUGGCUUGGCCACGCAGUGCGUACAACAGAAGAACGUGAACAAAACCUCUCCACAGACUUUGUCCAACCUCUGUUUGAAAAUCAACGUCAAACUGGGCGGCAUCAACAGCAUUCUCCUACCAAGUAUACGUCCGCAAGUCUUUAAGGAGCCUAUUAUAUUCCUUGGUGCUGACGUCACACACCCACCGGCGGGCGAUUGCGCUAAACCAUCUAUAGCUGCUGUUGUUGGCAGCAUGGACGCCCAUCCCAGUCGUUACUCGGCAACCGUGCGUGUACAGCAGCAUCGACAGGAGAUAAUCCACGAGCUGUCGACGAUGGUGCGGGAACUCCUCAUCCAGUUCUACAAGUCGACCCGUUUCAAACCCACCAGGAUCAUCUUCUACAGGGACGGGGUUAGCGAGGGACAGUUCCAAACUGUACUGAGUCACGAACUGCGUGCGGUGCGUGAGGCGUGCAUGAAGCUGGAGGUGGGCUACCAACCAGGUAUCACGUUCAUCGUCGUACAGAAGAGACACCACACCCGACUGUUCUGUGCCGACCGCAAGGACCAAACCGGGCGCAGCGGUAACAUACCGGCCGGUACCACGGUCGAUAUCGGCAUCACCCACCCAACCGAGUUUGACUUCUAUCUAUGCAGUCAUGCUGGUAUACAGGGUACAAGUCGGCCGUCGCACUACCACGUGCUGUGGGACGACAACCGCUUCAACGCUGACGAGCUGCAGAUUCUCACAUACCAGCUGUGUCACACUUACGUGCGCUGUACCCGCAGCGUCUCGAUCCCAGCGCCCGCCUACUAUGCACAUCUCGUCGCCUUCAGAGCGCGCUACCACCUCGUCGAGAAGGAGCACGACAGCGGGGAAGGCAGUCACUCUGAGAACAGCGAAGAUCGGCCGGCCCCGUCAUCGUUAGCUCGCGCCGUCGCCAUCCACCCAGACACGACCAAUGUCAUGUACUUCGCGUGAUUCCGUAUGCAGCAACGUAGCGGUGGACAAUUAUAAUUUAUGACUGUGUGCCAUCCCUGGUAGUCAAUCCGACUACCGCCUAUAGGCUGUGAAACCGGCACUGUUACAGGCAGCCAAUGCCAACCAUAUUUGUGUUUUUAAGAAGUAAAAUAUAUAUAUAUGUGACUUUGUCCGCUCUUCUAAGUCAACAAACGUUGUUCCUUCGUGUUGCUAUGGUUGCAAUAUUAGGACUCUGUCACAGAACAACUGUGCUCAAUCGAAUUUUUAUAUAUUUUGAAUUGGGUCUGCAGCAAAUGUUUUUAAAAAUGUAUAAAUAUGUGAAACAAGCCGGGAAUUUGUGUGUGUUUUUAUAGAAGAAAACAAACUUGUUGUUGCAGAUCUUUAUUGAGUCGGGUGCAAAUUGUAUUGUGACGAAAAUGUAUACCUAUAUAUUUAACUUGUCCUAGACAAAUAACAUUAAUAGUUUCUCAGGAACAUUUUGAAAUCUGUUUUGGAAUAUUUUAAAAAAUUACGAUGACAAAAAUUUAUGAAAUGAGAAUUGAAACAACUGGUUUCAAUGUAUUAAUAUUAAAUUUAAUGGAAACAAAAAUGAUUUUAAAAAAGUUUAGGAAAACUGUUUUUGUGACCAAUUUUAUUCAAAAAGUCCUGAUAAACUAUUAAUAAUAUUAUUUUAAUGAGGCCGAAGUGCUGUUGAUUUCAAAGUGUCUUAGAACAACAAUAUCAUAUCAUAUGUGAGUUUUUCAUUAUUUUUUUUUACAUUUUACUUUUCAGUAUUUUUAGAGAAUUGCCCAUGUUUUUGUGCAGAACCUUUAUUCACAUUUUGGGGAGAUGGUAUUGAAGAGUUGUUUUAACAGUUGUAUGUAGCUAUUGUGAUGGUGCCAGUUUUAUUGGUAACGGGAAAUGAUGUCGAAUGUUUGUGUGAGUCUAGCACACACAGAACAGGUUUUCUUACACUUUCCAACAGUUUUUGACUCCUUAUAGGCCGAAAACGUUCAUAAGAUGAUAACGUUAAUAAGUUUUGAUUCCUUUAUAAUAUACUGAACAAAAUAAAGAAUUGUGAAUAGAUUUUAUAUAUGUAUGUUUCUUCAUGAUACAAUUAAUGUAAUAAAUAGACUGUCAAAGUAAGCCGAAAAAGUUGAUAAUUUUAAAAAAAAAGAUUCAUUAUUAUAUACUGAACAGAAAAUGAAAUGUGAAUACUAGUAUUUUGAUAUAUUUCUUCAUGAUACAAUUAAAUAAUAAAAAGACUAUCAAAAUUGGCAAAAAAAAAAAAAAAAAAUAUAAGUUGAUAAAUUUAAUAUAUCCAAAACUUUGUAGAAUUCAAACAGAAUACUUUUAAAAUAAAGUUAAAGAAAGUUAAAUGAAUAUUCACAUUUCUUUUCUUGUUUAGUAUAUAUCUAGUCAGCUGGAUUGCUGCCCUUCAGACUCUGUCGGUAUUGUGCUAGGGUGGUGUUAAACGUCCAUUCACUCUGUCAAUAUUCAUGGUUUAAUUGUCCCCAAAAAGUUGCAAUUAAAGAUUUAGCCUUAAACUUUUCAACGUGUUAAAUGUAUUUUUAAAACACUGAAAGUGCUUUACAUUUGAUCUCUUUUUUCUCUUCUUUCUUUCUUUUUUUCUUCCUUUUUUGAAUCUUAUCUUUCUUUCUUUCUUUGUGUUUUAAUGAUCAAAAGAAAAAGUUGUUUGAGGUCUUUAAAAAUGGUAGCUAACGGCUAUUUAUUUCAUGAAAAACGUUUAUUUAAUUGAAAUUUUUUUAUCCGAAAUUUUUUUGUUUUACAAGGGAUAACAACCUAUUUGUACUGUUUUUACUCCCUUUUGUCAAAUACAUUCAAUUCUAAACUUUUGUGUGUUGCCUAUAAAUCAUGAUUGUAAAACCGCAAUCAAGACAGGGUAUAUGACAAGGCUGUGAUUUAUGAAUAAGGUAAAAUAAAACAUUGUUUCAGAUUUUAACUCUAUUUCAUGAAAUAUCUGAUGAAUUUGUGACACAUGACUAGUUUGUGAAGAAAAUACGGAAGGAAAAUGCAGGGAUCUUAAAUUUACUUGUAAACUUGUCAUGUGUAUAUGGCCAUGUUACAUUUUCGUAAUGUUUAUAUAAUCAUUUUCUCAGAGUAUCUUAAUUAUUUAUGGCAUAGAAUUCUGUGACAUUUUAAGAUAAACAAAAGCAAUAUUUUCUUCAGACGGUAUGAUAAAUUAACCCCACAUUGUUUUUAUACUAAACAUACAGAAUUUUACUUAUUAUUUUUCAUAUAAAAGAUAAAUUGAUACUUGAAAAUGUACUACUUAUGUAAUUUUCUCCAUCUUGUAUGAAAACUUCCCAGCUAAUAAAAAUCUGUUUCUGAAUUCAAAAGCAAUUUCUCUUACAAAUUGAUCUACAACUAAAUAAAAUAUGUCUGUUUCUGUACUAAAAUAUGUUUGUUUCUGUAUUAAUUCAGAAGGAAUUUAUCUUCCAAACUUUCCAUCAGAGUUGUCUACCCUUAAAAUCCACUGUUCUUCAUUGGUCUGCCAACAGGUGUCGUUAAAUGGUGCUUCGUCUUUCUUAACAUUGUAAAUCUUCCUAUUAAUGUGUAACAUGUACUUGAUUUUCUCGUUGGAAAGAAAUACGUAUUUAUAGAAUUUUAUCUACUGAUCUUCACAAUCGAUCAUAUUAUAGCUUCAGUUAUGGAUUAUUUAUAUUUGAUUGUUGGACAUAUUUAACUAUAAGAUGCGGUAUGUAUAUAUAUAUAAACGUUUUGUAUAGAGGUUUUAUGUGAUGGUUGUUGAAAAUGUUGAUAGUGUAGUGAUCGUAAGACCACAUGGCACGAUGUGAUUGUUUUUUGGUUUUCAGACAGCCAACUAAAUCAGGAUUGUAAAAAAAUUAAUAUUCUCUGCUACUUUUGUUGCUUAUUAAAUUAAAACUGUAUAGUCAUUUUUAAUAAAAGGCGGCUUUUAAGAUUUCUCAAUAAUAUUCUUUUGUUUAAGUUUCAAAUAUUGCAAAAUGAAAUAGCUGCACAAAAUAUUCUUUGCUCUUGUUAUGAAUUGAAUCCAGAAAUGUACAGCUAUUUUUUUAAAGAAAUGGUUGCUUUUAAAAUUGUCCAGUUUUUUAAAAACAUUUCAAAAUGAAAUUAGAUUGUAUAAACAAUAUUCUUCGCCACUGUUACAAGUUGAAUCUAGAAAUGUGUAGCUAUUUUUUUUUUUAUAGAAAAGGAUUAUUUUAAAUGUGUCCAGUUUUUUUUAUAUUUUAGUAGAAUGUUGUAGGUCUAAAAUAGUCUGUCAUAACUGCACCAUAUAUGUUAAUGCAUUGCAACCAGUGUCAGCUAUAAUUCCAACACAUACAGAGAACAUAGGAAGAUGGGAGGUUGCAGAAAUAAGAUGUUAUACAUUUUUGUUUUGGCCAAACCUCCAGUUAAUAAUAUAUUGUUGUAAAUUCUUUUGAUUAUUACAUAUUAUUCUAGUUCAUUACUCUGUCAUCUCUCUCAUUUUUUCUUUGUUUGCUUUUUUUUUUUUUGUAAGCAAAUGUUGCUUUUUUUUUUUUUUUUUUCUCAAAUGUUUUUUUGUCUUUUUUUUUUUUAAAUUGUUUUUUAUUUGUAUGCAAAUUUUGUCCCUACAGUCAUUUUAAAACGUAUGCAGUUUUAUAUUCUUUUUUUUGAGGGGGUGGGAGGGAGGGGUGGAGGUUGGAAGGUUAAAUAUCUCAGAAAAUCCACAAAUUUGACACAAGUGUCUCCAUAUUUCGUUCUGAUUUUCCAUUAUGUAUUUAGAGAAAAUCCAUGAAAUAAUAAACAUCUUUUCUACUUUAGUCCCAUAGGUCAUGACAGACUAGUGCACCAACAUGAUAAAAUCAACAUUUUGUUUUUUAUUUUUCUACACAGUACCUACUCCGCCGUUUACAGUUGCUCGAGGUUUUUUUUAAUGUAGUUUAGAACUUAGAUACGUUAUUACUGAUACUUAAAUAUUCUUUGAUUAACAUAUUGAUAAUCGGCAAAUUGAUAGUUAUAGGAUAUUAAACAAGCUUCCAUUUUGUAUCAUGUUAGUGUCCCGAGUGAAAGCAUUUUCAUUUGCCACAAGUGACAAUCAAAAUUAGGUCACGAGGGACAUAAACAUGAUAAGAAAUGGUACAAAGUUUAAUAUCCCAUUUAUUACACAUAAUCGAUUUUAAUUUAUAUCGGUAAACUCGUUUGACAUACCAGUACGGCUGUAGUUUGCCGUUUAUAUGACGCCGUAUAACGUAGAAGUGUUAAUUAUUGGUAAUAAGUCGUUAAUGAAAUGAAGUCAGGGGAUGGUGGACAUAUUUUUGUAAUGAUUAGAACUAUGAGCAUCAUGUCCAUAUGAUAGAAUGGACGUGUGCUGAAAUUAAGUCAGUCAGGGUGCAUUUAAUGAAUCAUGCCUCAGCGGAAAUAUAAAACUACUUUUGAUUGGCCAUUUGGAAACUUAUAAGUCUUGUAAAAGGGGAAUUUUGUUUUCUCAAUUUCAAAGUUGCUCGAGUUGUUGCCACAUAUAUAUUUUCAUUGAAGAUAUGCCUGUAUCACCAAAAUAUUUUGUUUUUUUAAUGUGUUUACCAUUUUAUGUUUUGUUGUAUUUUAACACUUAUAAUCGAUCAUAUGUGCACAAAUUGUUAACCAAAAUUAAUGUAAAAAACAAUGGUUUAAGUUACAACAGUAUGAAUAAUAAUAAUAUAUUUUAAAAUCAAAAUAGAAUUAUUCAGCUAUAAGAAUACAUUGCAUGAAAUACUGAAAAAAUAUAUUAACUAAUUGGUUAUUGACCAACAUUUUGUUGAAAGAGGUAAAGUAAAUAUUUAGAAAAAUAUUGAUUUGAGGGUUGGGGUGAAGUAAAUAUUUAGAAAUAUAUUGAUUUGAGGGUUGGGGUAAAGUAAAUAUUUAGAAAAAUAUUGAUUUGUGUUUUAGGGUUUCAUAUCUGAUUCCAGUGACUGAAUUAAGAGGUGUAUUGCAGAGAAAUUAUUUGCUUCCAUUAUUAUCCAUGCAAUUCGCUCCACCUCCGUGCCUCAUUCAUACAGAUAGUAAAUUUGUGCUAAAGAAAUAAAACCAAAAUCAAAAGAUUUAUGCAAUUUCACAAUAUAUUUAUUUAAAAUUUGAUAGAAAUAUUUAUUUAAAAUUUGAUAGAAAUAUUUAUAAGUAACAUUUUUUGUUUAGACUUUCAGUAUGCGUUUUAACUAUAUGAAAUAAAAUAUAAAAUUUUGUAUGUCAUUAGCUAGCCCAGCUAGUCGCAAAGUAACUUCAGACAUUGUGGUAUUAGCAAUUUUCUCUGCUGUUUAAUUAAUAUAGUUAUCUUAUUGCUCAUUACUCGAGAAGCAGGCGCUCAAAACCAAACCACAUUUCAAGGUGUCGGAUUUUUUUGUGUUUGAUUUCAAUUAAAAAAUGAAUUUUGCUGGAUUUUAUUGUAUAUUUUAAAAUGAAAAAUUAUAAAACAGAUGUGUGCACACACUCAAAAUCAACUGUAAUUGUUUCCAACCUUAAUCUGUAUUCCAUUUCUAGUCAGGUCAGAAUACAUGUUCUGAUUUUACUCCCUUUUUUUUCAUGGUGCUUUUCACAUAUCUUCACCCAUGUAAUAGAUUAUCUUUUAGUCUAAAUUUGUACACAAAACAUUAACCAUUAUUUUAAUUAUUGUUUGCUUUCUUAUUAUUCUGUCACUGUCCAUUUCCACUGUUGUCAACAUAAUGAUAUGAUAACUGGAAUGUUUGUAUCAUUUAAACCAUGUGUCUAAAAAUUGUGGUCGGUCGGUAUGUGAACUGUUUGUUGAUUGGUCCAUGUAAGAAAGGGUUGAUCAAUCCUCUUGUUUGAUUGGCCUUCUUGUUCUCUGAACUUUGAUUGGCCCUCUUGUUCUCUGAACUUUGAUUGGUCCAUUCUUGUGAAACUGUUGAUUGGUGCUCUUGACAAAUUGGUUGACAUGUAUCUUUUGCAAUUUUCAGUUUUUCUCAGUAAAUGACUAUAUAUAUAUAUAUAUAUAUAUAUAUAUAUAUAUAUAUAUAUAUAUAUAAUAUGUAUGACAACACUGCAUUAUUCAUUUAGAUAUAUCAUUUUGCAAUUGCAUGUUAUCACUGGCUAUUAAUAGCAUCAUUUCCAAUAUAACUCCACAUUAAUUAGCAUGACAGUUCAAAUCAUGACCAAAUAGUCUUUUUAUUCUUUUCUAUUUUUUAAGUGUCUUUAGUUUUCUAAUUGGAAACUGGUUGAUGAAAUCUUUUCUAAUACUCGUUGCAUUUCAUAAAUUUUUAGGGAAAUAAACUAGUGUAAAAUUAUUUAGCAAGUACUUGUAGUGAACUCUGCAGGGUUACAAGAUGCAAUUAGAAUUUGUCCCGCAAAUUUGAACAAAUUUCAGUGUAAGAAGUAUUAAAAGUCCAAAGUUGACAACUUUAUAAAACAUUGAAUCUCAUUCAAAAACUGUUUCUGCAUUUAAAGCUACCAGUGUUUGUCUUAAUUAUUGUUGAAAGUACUUGGCCCUUCGUACUUGGCCGUGUUCGGUACUUCUGGCUGAAUACUUAAGAUUUUUUGUUAAAGAAAUACAUUUCCAAACAUCUAAUGCAUUCAGGACGUAGUCUUUUGGUAGGGUCCUUGCCUUAGGUGCGAUCGCUGUUUCUUCCCCCCCCCCCCCCCACUUCCCAACCAGUGCGACAUGUUUGGUACAUCAAAAGCCAUUUGUAUGUACUCUCCUGUCUGAGGGAAAGUGCAUAUAAAAGAUCCCUUGCUGCUGUGUCAGGAGUAGCCUAUGUGAAAUCAGGGGGGGGGGAUCUAGCUAAGUGGGUACAGUGCUCACCCGAGGGGCUUGCAACAAUUAAUCAUUUUGAGAUCACUUUUCAGUUUGAGAAUUUGGGAAUAAAGUGUACCAAGCAGAUUUGUAGAUGAUAUUACUCAGAAAUGAAUUUUCUAUGACUGGAUUAUUAUUAUUAUUUCAAGCAAAAACCCCCAGCUUCAGCCAGAAAUACCAAGCAAUGUAAACGGUGAUAUCCACACAACCUCGUACUUCAUAUGCAGCAAAAUAAAACCAGUUUUGAUGGUUUCCUCGACACAAGAUGACUUUAUGCAAGUUAGUUUUCAAGCAUGCAUUUUGUUGUUUAGGUUUUAAGUGCAGUUUCAGAAAACGAUUCUGCAAAAGUUGAAUCCCGUACAUUUUCUAACAUUAUUUUUUAUGCAAAUCUCAAAAGUUUCAUGCAGCCACCUGUAAGGCACAUUUAUGUGCUUUCAUUCUCACCUUAAAAAUCAAACAAAAUUUUAAAUAAGGUUUGAAAAUUCUAGCCUUUUAAAUUUUUAUUCCCUAAAGAAUGUUGCCCACCUAUGCAAACCAACCCAUGACCCCGAGCAGUUUAUAUUUUAUUGUAUUACUAGAAUGUGCUGUACUUUUUUAACUUUCUAGAAUUGAUUUGGUCAGAGUAUCCAUAAUGUGUGAGAGAAACGGCUUGUUUUAUUUGUGAAGACUACCAAACGAUAACUGAACACUAUUAAUAAGAGAAUGUGAGUGAUUUUAAUUUUUCUCUACGAUAAUGUUAUGCAUAUCACUGAGAUGAUGGCACAAUUGUAUACCAUGACCACAACCAUAGGAAGAGAUUCCCGCAGGUAUAUUGACUCGGCUAACAUUCCAGACGAAAAGUCUGAUAACGUGCGGCAGCCGGACUCCUGUUACAGUAUUUCACAUGAGCACACAGCAUUUUUUUUGUUUUUACAUUGUGUCCUGGGACCAGUUUCACAAAACGAUAGUAAACCUAGUUUUAUAAACGUAAAUUUACAACUAAACUACUAUUCAUAAUACUUGUACUACUAAUAAUGGAAAUAACCUAGAAGUAGCAUAGUAACAAGUGUGUCCUUGCAAUGCUCCAUCUUCCGUAAUGAUGUAAGUUUUCUGUGUAAAAUAGAAGCCAAACUCGUAGCUUGUCGUAAAUGUAAACUUAAGAUGUUACGUGAUAUUGCUUCCACAGUAUUUGUAGGUUGUUUCUUUUUCUUUGAGUCGCAUUAAAUUUUUACCCUUAUUUUGGCAGUGUUAAUUGUAUAGUAACCAUUUUAUAUGCGACUUAAUUAAUAAUAAGAAGUUAAUGAUAAUAAUGGAAAUCAAGAUAAUUUUUAAUUAAACAGAGUUAAGUUUCUCAAAUUGGAAUUCAAUACUUAUGAAUAAUCAUGAAAAGAUUUAAAUGUAAUUGCAAAAAUGAUUGAAAAUGGAGCUUAUUUGUAAAUCACAACACAUAAUUUUUUUAAUUUAUUUUAAAGCACAUUUUGGACAUUAAUAAGUAAUUUGAGGGGCAGGAGGAUAAUUAAGUGACAAUGACUUGAGGGGGAAAACAGAUUAACAACACCAGACGAUGUGCUGUUUUACGUGAAACACUGCGACCAGGUUUCCGCUGCCUUUUUACAAGUGUGUUUGCAGUUCAGAAUGAACAGUUUCGAGAUCUCUUAUAUUUAUAUAUAUUAUAUAUUUGGUAGACUGAGAUUGUAUUUAAGUGCUUUCGUCCGACCUAACCUUGUUUGUGUUUUAAUGCUUGCAGACGGCUGGCUGGACUCCAUUCCUCUUUACUGCGUUGCAUGCUCUGCUGUCCAACUAGUAGUGAUAAUGUGCACGUCCCUCUUCUGCAGCAGCUUUUAACCAGGUCAAUAAAUGUUCAACAAUU